AUGGAUGUUCCCAAGGAGAAUGACAUUCUUCUCUUAGCUGAUGAAAAAUUUGACUUCGAUCUUUCAUUGUCUUCUUCAAGUGCAAAUGAAGAUGAUGAAGUCUUCUUUGGACCCGUUGGGCAUAAAGAAAGAUGCGUUGCUGCCAGCUUGGAAUUAAAUCAUCACAUUCCCGAAGAGCCUCUUUUGCCAGCCUCGGAAAGUCACUUCAUCUGGAGUCCUCUCCCUGGGGAGAAAUUUGUGGAAGUGUAUAAAGAAGCUCACUUAUUGGCCUUACAGAUAGAAAGCAAGAGCAAAAACAAGGCAGCCCAAGAUGUCACAGCUGAAGACCUUUGGAGCCAGGGCGUGGAGAGGUUUAUACAGGAAUCAAAAUUAAAAAUAAGCCUAUUUGAGAAAGAAAAUGAAAUGAAGAAAAGCCCCAAGUCACUUAAGAGGGAGACCUAUUACCUGUCAGACAGCCCCUUGAGGGACCUGCCACUUCGGGGAACCCAGACACCCUCGGGCAUGGCGCCCACCCCAGCAGCUCUUGCCCAAGCCGGGACGCCAGAACAGGGAGGCCCGGGGCGGAGCUCCAGCUCCACCGGGUCCCAGCCCUCUCAGUUGAAUACAGCCGGCAGUGUGAGAAGGCGUGACUCCUACCUACUCCGCAGGACGCAGGCCGUGCCCACCCCUACAAGUCAAUUUAAGAUCCCCAAGUUUGCUACUGGUGAGCCCCUGGUCAGUGCGACGCCGAAGUCCUGCCGGGCCCAGAGACCGCAGUCCUGCACGUCGGCGGGGAGGUUUGUUGUCCAUAGCACUCCUGCUAGACGCUCAUCAGUGGCAGCCCCACAGAGCCUUGUAAGCAGUACGAGGACCCCCAUGAGUACGAAGCACGUGUCAGCCCUGCCCACACCUGCCAGCCGUCGGCUCUCUGGCCUUCCAUUCGUGACCCCUAAAACCGUGCCCAGAGCUCUGGCUUCGCCUCUGUGUGUGCCUGCUCGGCGGCUUUCUUCUGAGCCGCAGAAAAAGUCUUCAGUGAGAGCUGCACCAACGAGGGAGACCCACAGCAAGGCUACCUCUAGGCGCGAGGACUCGUCUCCUGACGGGUCCCUUUCCCCUCUGUCGGCUGUACCACAGGCGCUUAACUUUUCUCCAGAAAAGACUGGCUUGACUCUUUCAGGAAGUAUCAGCACAGAAGUCGUGCUGGAUGCAGCCCAGCCACCUGGAGACACACCCACUAGUGAGGCUAUUCUCGUGGAUAUCAAACUGGACCAACUGGUCAUCACUCCAAAAGCUGAAAGCACAGCCCUCAUCGACAUCCCUCUCAUUGACUUUUGCAAUAGUCCAGAAGCACACGUGGCUCUGGGGUCUGAGAGUAGACCUCUGAUUGACCUGCUGAUAAACACUCCAGACAUGAACAGAAACACUGCGUCCAAGCCUCCCCAGGAGGUGGGACAGCUGAUAGACUUGGCUUCUCCUCUGAUCCAGCUGAGUCCCGAGGCUGACAAGGAAAACAUGGAUUCUCCACUUCUCAAGUUCUGA